CCUCUCUCUCUCUCUAGCUUCUCUCUCUCUCUUCUCUUUCUUACUGAUUGAAUGGUAUCAACGCUUCUCCAGCGGCGAAGGAGGAGGAUUACGGAGAUAUAAUAAAUAUCACAAUCGUCAUAUAAGCCGUGCGACCUCUAUUUCUCUUUUCUCUCCGUUCUCCUUCCUCUUCCUCUUCCUUCUCUCCAUUUUUCGUUCUUUGUUCCCUUUUGAAAUACGGAGGUAUAUACCACAUAUAGAAGGAAAAAGGAGAGUCAGGGAGAACCCAUUGGCUGGUAAAUGGGUUCCGAGAGCGUAAUGAGCGACGGCGGUGGCCACUGGCUGUCGGCGGUUCUGAUGGUGGCGCUAAUGGUGGCACUCUUCUCUUCGGGAGACGCCGCAGUGUCUUAUGACCACAGGGCCGUCAUUAUCAACGGGCAGAGGAGGAUCCUCAUCUCUGGUUCCAUUCACUACCCCAGGAGCACUCCCGAUAUGUGGCCGGAUCUUAUCCAGAAGGCCAAAGAUGGAGGCUUGGAUGUCAUACAGACUUAUGUCUUCUGGAACGGGCACGAGCCGUUCCCUGGCCAGUAUUAUUUUGAGGGGAGGUAUGACCUUGUUCGCUUCGUCAAACUGGUAAAGCAGGCCGGCCUCUACGUUAAUCUUCGAAUUGGCCCCUAUGUUUGUGCGGAAUGGAAUUUUGGGGGAUUUCCUAUUUGGCUCAAAUAUGUCCCGGGAAUCAGCUUCAGGACAGACAAUGGGCCUUUCAAGGCGGCCAUGGAGAAAUUCACAGCGAAGAUUGUCUCCAUGAUGAAGGCCGAAGGGCUAUUCGAAUGGCAGGGUGGUCCAAUUAUCCUCUCUCAGGUGGAGAAUGAGUUUGGGCCAAUGGAAUAUAAUGGUGGAGCUGCUGCCAGGGUUUAUGCGAACUGGGCUGCUCAAAUGGCAGUCAGUCUGAAAACUGGUGUGCCAUGGGUCAUGUGCAAACAAGAUGAUGCCCCUGAUCCAGUGAUAAAUACUUGCAAUGGCUUUUAUUGUGAUGACUUUUCUCCAAACAAGCCUUAUAAACCCAUGAUCUGGACUGAAGCUUGGACCGGAUGGUUCACAGCUUUUGGAGGUCCAGUUCCCCGCCGACCGGUUGAGGACUUGGCCUUUGCUGUUGCACGGUUUAUACAGAAAGGUGGAUCAUUCGUCAACUACUAUAUGUAUCAUGGAGGGACAAACUUUGGCCGGACAGCUGGUGGCCCUUUCAUUGCAACUAGCUAUGAAUAUGAUGCUCCAAUUGAUGAAUAUGGUCUUUUAAGAGAACCAAAAUGGGGCCAUUUGAGAGACUUGCAUAAAGCUAUCAAAUUGUGUGAACCGGCUUUGGUUUCGGGUGAUCCCACAGUGACGUCACUUGGAAGUUAUCAUGAGGCACAUGUUUUCCAGUCAAAGUCAGGAGCUUGCGCUGCAUUCCUUUCCAAUUAUAACCCUAGUUCUUAUGGAAGGGUAACUUUCAAUGGAAUGCACCAUGAUCUUCCACCAUGGUCCAUCACAAUACUCCCUGACUGCAGAACCGCAGUUUUCAAUACUGCGAGGGUUGGAGCUCAAUCCUCGCAGAUGAAAAUGGAACUGGUCGGAGGAUUUUCUUGGGAGUCAUAUAAUGAAGACAUCAACUCCCUUGAUUCAGAUGCGUUCACGAAAGAUGGAUUGCUUGAGCAGAUAAGUAUGACAUGGGAUCGUUCAGACUACUUGUGGUACACGACAUAUGUCAACAUAGGCCAGGAUGAACAAUUUCUGAAAAAUGGCAAUUAUCCAGUCCUCAGUGUGCUAUCAGCUGGUCAUGGUAUGCAUGUUUUCGUCAAUGGACGACCGGAAGGAAAUGUUUAUGGUGGUCUAGACAGUCCAAAGCUGACAUAUAGUAGAAAUGUUAAGUUGUGGGCGGGCAGCAACAAGAUCUCCAUUCUAAGUGUAGCUGUUGGGCUUCCUAAUGUCGGGGACCAUUUUGAGACUUGGAAUGCUGGUGUUCUUGGUCCGGUAACCUUGGAUGGUCUUAACGAGGGAAAGAGAGAUCUUUCAAGGGAGAAAUGGACUUACCAGGUUGGUUUGAAAGGAGAAGCUCUGAGCCUUCAUUCCCUCAGUGGAAGUUCUUCUGUUGAAUGGGGAGGGGCAUCUAAUAUGCAGCCGUUAACAUGGUACAAGACUUUGUUCAAUGCACCAUCUGGGAAUGAGCCAUUGGCUCUAGAUAUGAGGAGCAUGGGGAAAGGUCAAAUAUGGAUUAAUGGGGAGAGCAUUGGUCGGUAUUGGCCUGCCUAUAAGGCAUAUGGUUCUUGUGGUGGGUGCGAUUACCGUGGAACAUACAACGAGAAAAAAUGUCAAACCAAUUGUGGGGAGCCCUCUCAAAGAUGGUACCAUGUCCCUCGCUCUUGGCUAAACCCAACUGGGAACCUGUUGGUUGUGCUUGAAGAGUGGGGUGGUGAUCCAACUGGAAUUUCUAUGGUAAAAAGAAAAGUUGGAAGUGUCUGUGCUGAAAUUUUUGAAUGGCAGCCUUCGGCUAGAAACUGGAAAACCAAAGGCUACGGUAGACCAAAAGCACAUUUAUCUUGUCCUCCUGGACAGAAGAUGUCAAAAAUAAAAUUUGCUAGCUUUGGCACUCCACAAGGGGUGUGCGGAAGUUUCUCAGAAGGAAGCUGUCAUGCCUUUCAUUCAUAUGAUGCUUUCCAGAAGGAGAGUCUAUUGCAGAACUGUAUUGGCCAGCAAUGGUGCUCGGUUGUUGUUGCUCCUCAAAUGUUUGGAGGAGACCCAUGCCCUGGAAUUAUGAAGAAGCUUGCGGUCGAGGCCAUCUGUCAAUAACUGCCUGCAAAAUAUGGAUCAAGUUGAAACAAAGAAGAUGAUACCAUAUUCUUCUUUGUUAUAUAUAUACCUUAAUACAGGUCAAUAGAGUUUCAUCUCAAUUGUAGACAUUCAAAAUUUGGAGGCUAUUACUACUGGCUAUCAGUGGAGUUGCAGUAACUGCGACACAUUGACAAGUAAGGUAUUGCCUGUUUAAGUUGGAGGAGAAAAUAAUCAAUAUAGAUAGCCCAGAUUAUGGGGAUGGCCGGUCAAAAAUAUAGAAAAGAUUGGAGGGACUUGGCAUGGGAUUGGGGUGCACAUCUGACCCUACAUAUAUUUUGAGUCCAUUCCGUUAUGCAAGUGAAAGGGUCAUUAUUUAAGCAAUUCAACCGGCUUGGUUGGACUGCUGUCUUUCAGUCUUGUGAGAACAAACCGUUGUGCUAUUCUUCAUACUGUUGAAAUUUGUAAGAGUGUCGAUCCAUAAUAAAUUAUUGUUGUUCCAUUUC